UUUGCUAUAAGUUAGGUAACUCAGAUUACAUUUAGCUAUAAGUUUUGUGACUAAAAAUGAAAUUAUCCCAUUUCUUCUUCUGUGUAUUUAUAAAUAGAAGCAACAUAUUCAUAACGCAUUCAUAUCAAAUCUAGAUAGCGGUGGAAGUUCUGGAGAAAGAAAGAACGAGAGAGAAAGAUGGAAGUGAUGCAAGUUCUUCAUAUGAACAAAGGAGAAGGAGAAACCAGCUAUGCCAAGAAUUCAAUUGUGCAGAGGAAGAUAAUAUCAGUUGCAACUUCAAUAAUCGAGAAAGCAGUGGAAGAGUGUCUGGAAAAGAAUUUCCUAGACAGUAUGGGAAUUGCUGAUUUGGGAUGUUCAUCUGGACCUAACAGUCUAAUGGUAAUUUCUGAUAUAAUAGAUACAGUAUACGCCACAAGUAACCGAAAGGGUAUUCCAUUGCCCGAGUUAAGGGUUUCAUUGAACGAUCUUCCGGGCAAUGAUUUCAAUAACAUAUUCAUCUCUUUGCCGGAAUUCUACAGUCAACUCAAAAUGGAGAAGAACAUUGGGCCAGAAGGGUGCUUUAUUUCAGGUGUGCCUGGCUCUUUUUAUGGAAGGUUGUUUCCUAAAAAGAGUCUACAUUUCAUUCACUCUUCUUCGAGUCUCCAUUGGCUUUCUCAGGCAGGUUCCACGACUUUUGGAUUCAAAUAUCCUCAAGCCUUUGAACAAAGGAAAUAUCUAUAUAUCAAAAACAAGUCCAGGAAGCGUAAUCGAUGCAUAUUUAUCACAGUUUAAAAGAGAUUUCUCAGUAUUUCUGAAAUCACGAUCAGAAGAAAUGGUUGUUGAUGGACACAUGGUGUUGUCAUUCAUGGGCAGAGUCUCUGCCGAUCCAUCAUCAGAAGAGAGUUGCAUGCAGUGGGAACUCCUAGCACAAGCUCUCAUGAGUAUGGCCUUAGAGGUAAAUUAUUCUUUGCUAAAUUAUUGCUGCAUGUUUUGUAUCGACCCAAAAAUUUAAGAUUUGAAUCGCUACCCAAAAAUUUAUUUAUAAAAAUGUCAAAUUAUAUUUUAAACCA